AUGAGGAAGAGACGGAGCGAGAGGAGUGCUGCACCUGUUGGUGCGAUGCACAAUGCUAACAGGAUCUUCCAAGAUGGGUUCCGGAUGUGCAACUCGGCUAAUAUUGUCUCGGUCAAUAUUGUUUCCUCUGACUAUGGAUACCCGCUCAAUGUAUACGGCUCCAUCAUAGCUAGGGACAGUCUGGAUCGCAAAUGCGUCUAUUUAUUCCAGCGUGGCGAGGACGAUUGCCAGAACAUCACCUCCAAGAAGGAUCCGUUGGUUCUCACUGGCCCGAAGAGAGGGCUGAUGAUAUUUGAUUCAAUAAUUUUUGAAGUUGAUCUCAAGGUCAAGGUUGUGAAUAGCAGAAAGGUCAAUGACAAGAGAGUUAGCAAAGGCCUAAUGGAGAUUAAUGGCAUCUCCAGACUGUCAUUUCCACCGAAAUACAAGGUUCAAACCGAAACGCUUGUCAGCAUGCACAGCACAUUGGAUUUAAACUACACGUUUGUAAGAAAGGCGGUGGAGGGCACCGUUGAGAUGAGGAUCCUUGAGGCGGGACCUGUUAAUUUCCAUGGGAAAAUCAUCGCUCGCACUAGCAGCUUUCCAUGUGACAUUAUGCUACAUGAUAGCAAACUUGCUGGGAUGCUAAUAGCUGGUGAGGGUGGGAUCCUGCAAACAGCGCGCCGCGUGGUCAGUGUCUCGGUUGAUGAGACGCUCCUGUUUACUAUUGCCACUGCUACAGGCGGUGUCCGCACUGUCGAGUUUACUCCAAAGCACGGCAGCUAUGUCCAUUGUGCAUCGCUGAUUCCUUAUGUUCCUGGUUGA